AUGGAAAGGUUUGGAUUCAAGGAAAAAUGGAUUGGGUGGAUAAAAGAAUGCGUGACUACAACCUCUAUUUCUGUAUUAGUUAAUGGUUCUCUGACUAAAGAUUUUAUACCUGAUAAAGAGUUAAGGCAAGGUUUAAUCAAAGGAGCGGAGAUUGGGAAUAAUGGGAUGAAUCUAACCGAUCUUCAAUUUGCGGACGAUACCAUCAUCUUCUAUCAAGCUGAUUGGGGCAAGGUUGUAAACAUCAAGAGGCUAUUGCGUUGCUUUAAGCUUAUUUCAAGAUUAAAGAUCAACUUUCAUACGAGUAUAGUGGGAGGAGUUAGGGUGGAUGAUAGUCUUUUGGAUGAUUUUUCUUUAGUUUCAAAUUGCAAAGCUUAUAAAUUCCCAGUGAAAUAUCGAGGCCUCCCUUUGGAGGCAAAUCCUAGGCUGAAAAAGACUUGGCAACCAGUGUUGCAAAAACUUAAAUCUAAGUUGGCUUCAUGGAAAAGAAAGUUCUUGUCAUUCGGGGGUAGACUCACAUUUGUCAAAUCUGUGCUAAGUGCUUUGCCAAUUUAUUAUUUUUUGAUUUGCAGGGUGCUGGUGGCAGAAAUUGAUAAAAUUCGGAGUGGUUUUUUGUGGCGAGACAACGAUGUUGAGAAGAAGCUACAUUUGGUAAAGUGGGAGAAGAUGACUAAAGGGAAGGAGUUUGGAGGGUUAGGCCUUAGAAACAUUAGAGUGAUGAAUGAUGCUUUCAUUUGA